UGGAGCCUGGAUGUACAGAAAAUCAGAAUUGGGGCGGCUUUCCAAGUUGCUGGUUUUCGGCUGUCUCUUUGGGCUCUUACCUCCACCGACUGUGUGCAAAGACCCGGUCCCCCGCGCGCCACCCCACAGACGCGGAGGUUUCCAGCAGAGACCGCGGUCUCGCUUCUCGCUUCGCCUCGCAGCGCACUCGUAAGGACUCUCCACGCUUCUCCAUCAGGUGGAGCCGUCCGCUCCUCGCCGCCUCCCCCCUCCCUCCUCGAGAGCGAACUGCGCGCAGGCCACCUUGCAGCGCCAGGAGGUUAACCGAGCCCCCGGAGGAGCUUCUGUGAAAGGAGCCCUUCUGUCACUCGUCACUCGCUCGCUCGCUAGCUCGCUGUGGGAGGAGCCCGCCGGAGGAAGCCGUGUGCCUGGGAUGCCAAGAGCCAGAGAAUGGAUCUGCUCCGAGUAGGGACAUUGCUGAGGAAUCCGGCUUCCCGAGGCGGCUAAAAACAGGCAAUUUGUCUUGGCUGGCUGCAGACACCCGGAGACACAAAAAGACCGAAAUCACCCGAAGGGACCGACAGGAGAACAGACUGAUGGUCGGCACGAACCGGAGAGGACCGGCGGUGGAGGCUGAGCACCGCGAGCCACCGAGGAAGAGAAACUAAGUACACCCCCAAGUUGCCCGCCGGCUUUCCCUCGCUGCGCUGAGGAAUGAAACCUUUCCAGCUCGAUUUGCUCUUCCUUUGCUUCUUCCUUUUCAGUCAAGAGCUGGGCCUCCAGAAGAGAGGAUGCUGUCUGGUGCUGGGCUACAUGGCCAAGGACAAGUUUCGGAGAAUGAAUGAAGGCCAAGUCUACUCCUUCAGCCAGCAACCCCAGGACCAGGUGGUGGUGUCCGGACAGCCAGUGACGCUGCUGUGCGCCAUCCCAGAAUACGAUGGCUUCGUUCUCUGGAUCAAAGAUGGCUUGGCUCUGGGUGUAGGCAGAGACCUCUCAAGUUACCCACAGUACCUGGUGGUGGGGAACCACCUGUCGGGGGAACACCACCUGAAGAUCCUGAGGGCAGAACUGCAAGACGAUGCUGUGUAUGAAUGCCAGGCCAUCCAGGCUGCCAUCCGGUCCCGCCCCGCGCGCCUCACUGUCCUGGUGCCACCCGAUGACCCCGUGAUCCUAGGGGGGCCUGUGAUCAGCCUGCGGGCGGGGGACCCUCUCAACCUCACCUGCCACGCAGACAACGCCAAGCCAGCUGCCUCCAUCAUCUGGCUUCGAAAGGGAGAAGUCAUCAACGGGGCCACCUACUCCAAGACCCUGCUUCGAGAUGGCAAGCGUGAGAGCAUCGUCAGCACCCUCUUCAUCUCCCCUGGCGACAUAGAGAAUGGACAGAGCAUUGUGUGCCGUGCUACCAACAAAGCCAUCCCUGGGGGGAAGGAGACUUCAGUCACCAUCGACAUCCAGCACCCCCCACUUGUCAACCUGUCAGUGGAACCACAGCCGGUGCUGGAGGACAACGUCGUCACAUUCCACUGCUCUGCAAAGGCCAACCCAGCUGUCACCCAGUACAGGUGGGCCAAGCAGGGCCAGAUCAUCAAGGAGGCCUCUGGGGAGGUGUACAGAACCACUGUGGACUACACGUACUUCUCAGAGCCUGUGUCCUGCGAGGUGACCAAUGCCCUGGGCAGCACCAACCUCAGCCGCACAGUGGACGUCUAUUUCGGACCCAGGAUGAUCACAGAGCCCCAGUCCCUGCUGGUGGAUCUGGGCUCUGAUGCAGUCUUCAGCUGCGCCUGGAUUGGCAACCCAUCCCUGACCAUCGUAUGGAUGAAACGGGGCUCCGGCGUGGUUCUAAGCAACGAAAAGACCCUGACCCUCAAAUCUGUCCGCCAGGAGGAUGCUGGGAAGUACGUGUGCCGGGCUGUGGUGCCCCGGGUGGGAGCUGGGGAGCGAGAGGUGACCCUGACAGUCAAUGGACCCCCCAUCAUCUCCAGCACCCAGACCCAGCACGCCCUCCACGGUGAGAAAGGCCAGAUCAAAUGCUUCAUCCGGAGCACACCGCCACCCGACCGCAUAGCCUGGUCCUGGAAGGAGAAUGUGCUGGAGUCGGGGACAUCCGGGCGCUACACAGUGGAGACGGUCAGCACGGAGGAGGGUGUCAUCUCCACCCUGACCAUCAGCAACAUUGUGCGGGCGGACUUUCAGACCAUCUAUAACUGCACCGCCUGGAACAGCUUCGGCUCUGACACUGAGAUCAUCCGACUCAAGGAGCAAGGUUCGGAAAUGAAGUCGGGAGCCGGGCUGGAAGCAGAGUCUGUACCGAUGGCCGUCAUCAUCGGGGUGGCCGUAGGAGCUGGUGUGGCCUUCCUCGUCCUAAUGGCAACCAUUGUGGCCUUCUGCUGUGCCCGUUCCCAGAGAAGUACGGGAGGGAGACCCGGGAUCUCAGGGAGGGGGACAGAGAAAAAGGCCAGGCUUAGACUUCCCCGGAGAGCAAAUCUGAAAGGUGUUGUAUCAGCCAAAAAUGAUAUCCGAGUAGAGAUCGUCCACAAGGAGCCUGCCUCUGGUCGGGAGGCAGAGGAGCAUCCCACCAUCAAGCAGCUGAUGAUGGACCGGGGUGAAUUCCAACAAGACUCUGUUCUGAAGCAGCUGGAGGUCCUCAAAGAAGAGGAGAAGGAGUUUCAGAACCUGAAGGACCCCACUAAUGGCUACUACAGUGUCAACACCUUCAAAGAGCACCACUCGACCCCGACCAUCUCCCUGUCCAGCUGCCAGCCGGACCUGCGUCCUGCAGGCAAACAGCGUGUGCCCACAGGCAUGUCCUUCACCAACAUCUACAGCACCCUGAGUGGCCAGAGCCGCCUCUACGACUACGGGCAGAGGUUCGUGCUGGGAAUGGGCAGCUCAUCCAUCGAGCUUUGUGAACGCGAGUUCCAGAGGGGCUCCCUCAGCGACAGCAGCUCCUUCCUGGACACGCAGUGUGACAGCAGUGUCAGCAGCAGCGGCAAGCAGGACGGCUACGUGCAGUUUGACAAGGCCAGCAAAGCCUCCGCCUCCUCUUCCCACCACUCCCAGUCCUCUUCCCAGAACUCCGACCCCAGUCGACCCCUGCAGCGGCGGAUGCAGACUCACGUCUGAGGAUCACACACCGAGGGUGGGGACGGGCCAGGGAGGAGGGCAGGGCACGUUCUGGUUCUCCGGGGACUAGGGCUACUUUGCAGAGGAUCCCAGAACUGGACACCUCCAGGAUGGUCUCUGAGCGCCUCUGCCAACACCUCCCUUUGAAGCUCUGAUCAAGCACAAAUCUGGGUCCCCAGCAGCAGCGUGCCAGAGGCAGCAAGUGGGGAAACGGAUGGAGGAUGCAGCUGACGUGCUUGGUGCUAGACACCCUUGUCCCCAGCCCUUUCCUGGAGGCCACUCUACCACCUGCUCUUCCCACAGGCAUUAGUGGCAGCUAUAAAUUUGCUUUCAUGAAACUGCUGUCCACUUUCUGGUCUUCCCUGGGAUUUCUCCCUUGUUGCUGGUAAGCCCUCCCUGUGCCUGUGCUCCUAUACAGCCGUGGGGAGAAAAGGGGAGUUCUUCCCAGCACCAAGCUGCUCCAGAGACCCCAGCUCCCCCCACUGCUCCCAGCCCAUGCCUCAGAGACUGAGAACACAGAAAUGGCCCUGGCCGAAGGAGCACACCACCUGGGAGCCUGGCCCCAAUUUGUUUGGUGUUUUGUGUCCAUACUCUUGCAAUUCUGUCCUUGGACUUGAUGCCUCUGAACUUGGAGGUGGGACUGGCCCAAUCAGAACCUGGUGUCCUGGGGGGAGGGAGACUGUGACCGCCUGGGGAACAACACACCCCUCUGCAGACCAUGGGAUUCAGGGCCUCCCCCGCCCCUGCUUUGUGUACUCCCUACCUCCCCACAGCACAAUCAGAGUUAACAUAAGGAGGGAGAGUUGGUUUGGUCAGGGUCCUUUGAACAGUUUCCUGGGUGGUAUUUGUUUGAGGGGGCUGGAGGUCAGGUUCUGAAGAGGAUGAGACUCGCCUUCACUGCUGUUGAACACAAAGAACAAAGAUUCUGUCUCCAGUAAGACUCCAUGGGCAAGAACGAAAGUUUAUCUACACCUCCCCUCUCUCCCCAUUCACCAUCUGAGAAUAAAUGUUAGGGCCAUUACCCCCAGCAAGUCCAUUUUGUUCUUUUUUUCCUGUAGAGUUACAGAAAGAUCCCAAGAGCUCAAAGUAUGCUAAGUUCUUUAUCCUUCUUUGAUUGAAUUUUCCCAGUUGGGAAGGCAGUUCAUGGGUCUGGUUGUGGUAGUAACAGAAUCUAUAGACAAACUGUCAUGGUGGAUGGGCCCCACCAACCCAACUCUUUCCAAAUACAACUGAAGCAACAAGGUUAUACUGGACAUUUGGUCAGGUGAUUUUAGUCUUUUCUCUAGACAUCAUCUGCAGGGGACUCUCUCCAUUCAAGUUCAGGGGAGGAAGCCCUCUUGAAAGAAUGUAGACCAUCAAUAUCCUAACACUCAGAUACGGAACUCAAACAAUGUUCUAAGAAUGGUUUUGCUUGGGUGGGAAACUGAGUGAUGUCAUGGUGAAUGGGACAGAUAAAUAGUGGCUAGCUAGAGAGCUAACAUGGAGAUUAUGAUUUAAAUGGAAUUUUGAAGGACAAAAAUUGUCCCCAAAGUUGAAGAGUCCUCAUUGGCUUUUAUAGCCUGCUUCUCCAACCUUCCCUCUCAGUCCUUACCCAGCUUAGUAUCUAUCACACAGUCUGUGCUUUCUUCCAUCACUGAUUCCGCAGAUGGCCCCAAUCUACAGAUUCUAUGCUUAGCCUUCACAGUUCCCCCACUCAGGAAUUUUCUGCUUCAAUCAUGUUUCCUAGUGCUUCAGAAUCCCCCAGUUCCCUGAAUAUCUUCUUCCUUUACAGCUCACAAGACUAAGGGAAUAGAAACUGAUCAGAAAUGGAAGUGUCCAUCCCAGUUCCACAUCCUGCUCCUACUGCCUUUCUGGUCUGGUGCAGAUGCCAGGGUCAUUGACCUCUCUAGGUUAAUCUCAGCAGGCUUUCCCUCUUAUAUAUGUUUUCCCUUUGCCAACAGGGAACAAGGAUCCAAGAUCAUAUGCAAAAUGACUUGGUGUGCUAAAAUAAGGACAAGAUGACUUAAGAGAAUCUGUCCAUUAAUUUCUCUUGGACUUCCUCAUCUUAGAGAUGGGUGGAGAAUCUACACCUUAAUCCUUACCAAAACCUCGUGGACACAAAGACACACACACAAACUUGUAGGGUGGAAGUGCCCAUUCUUUCCUAGAACCCAGGGAUAUUACAAAAUAACCAUAACAGAGAAGAUAUCUGUUCUGUGAAACAAAAUGAGCUCUUCUCCCUCCUAUGUCAUGGGCACUCCCACGAUAAGAAUAUGGACUAGCCUGGAAGAUGAACAGAGAGCACCGGGGUGGCCACAGAUGAGGCUGUAGAAUGUCCAAUCCUUUGAGCUCUCUUCAGUGCAAAAACACAAGAAGAAUAGUAAUGAGUAGUAGAUCACAAGUGCGGUCUUUAUGAGGGGGAACAGCAUGCAGGAAGAAAAUCAGUGUGACCUGCGUGACUCUGAAGCUUUAAGAAGGUGCCCAGAUUGAGCUCUGUGCAUCCCCCUCUUGUGUUCAGUUCA